GUUAGGUUUUUCAACACCUAACAGAUGAGGUCUGUUAGGUCUAUUUUCGCGACUAUAAGGCGCCCUUAGAAGUCUUAAAAUUUCUCCACAAUGGACGGGGCGCCUUAUAAUGUGGUGCGCCGGAGAGCGGUUCCUGAUUCUGUGGUGGUUAGGCCGUGUUAGAGGACUGCGUGAAAACGUGAAAGGGGGAAGUGUGUGCGUGAAAGAGGGCGCCAGAGCCACGCCCCCAGUAUCUGCGUCAUGCCGAACAACAUCGGCUCAGUUACGGAAAAUGGCCCCAGCGAAGAGACACGCGUACGAAGCGCAGUUUAAACUGCAAACUAUCAGCUACGCGGAGGAACAUGGGAAUCGAGCAGCCGCGAGAGAAUUCGAGAUCAACGAAUCCAUGGUUCGCAACUGGAGGACGCAGGAAACCGAGCUUCGCCAAGUCAAGAAGACGACGCGGAGUUUCCGCGGGAACAAGGCGAAGUGGCCCGAGCUGGAAGACCGACUCGAGCAAUGGAUUGUUGAUCGCAGGACAGCUGGGGGGAGCGUCUCUACAGCCACCAUUCGACUGAGGGCAAUAACGCUCGCAGAAGAGAUGAAGAUAGAAGACUUUCAGGGAGGUGGUUCUUGGUGCUUUCGUUUCAUGAAACGGCGCCAGAUCUCCAUCCGGGCAGGGACUCCCGUAGCGCAGCAGCGUCCAGCGGAUUCCAAGCAAAAGCUGGCCAUCUCCCGCUCACACGCCAGAGAAAAGAUUGCCGACAAACACAUCAAGCCCAACCACAUCACCAACAUGGCCGAAGUGCCGCUCACUUUUGACAUCGCGCUGACUCACAUUGUCGAGAAGAAGGGGACCAGCGCGGUCGCGGGCGGAAGAGGUGGACGUGGAGGAAAGCAGCAAUCAGACAGGCAAAACCUCAACAAGAGUCGGGUGUAUGACAACAAGGGCCGACUGCUUUCCAAUGGCAAGGACAUGUGUGACUGUUUGGACAUCGACUGCAUGGGCUGCUUUAACCCCUGUCCAGAGUGCGGCUCACGGAAGUGUGGGGUCGAGUGCCGCUGUGACCGGAAGUGGCUGUAUGAGCAGGUGGAAGUGGAAGGCGGUGCCAUCAUCAGGAACAAGUUUGCCUUUUAGCUUCCCUGCUCAUGGCAAAAAGGACUACAAAACGAACUAUCUUUUUAUUUUACUUCGCUGUGUCACAUUUGUUUCCUUCUUAUCCAUUUUUAUUGGCGUAAUAAAUGCUUGAUUUGUCUUAGUUUAUUUUUGCUUUGAUGUGCUUUUUUUGUUUCACAAGAAUGGGUUGGACAGAUUGUCGUUUCAUGCUACUUUUGUUUUGAAAGUUUCGUUGUUUCGGAAAUGUUUUUUGGCAAAGAAGCAGCAUAUUUUAAGUAGUGACUAAUUUCCUAUAUCAUCAUCUGUUUUGCGGUAAAUAAUGAUAAUAAUUAUUAACCAUAAUGGCAGAUAAAAUAAAUGCAGAAUGCCAUAUCAGUGCUGCCACAAAAAUAACUUCAUUUUAAUAACUCACUUCUUGCUCUAGUAUAUCUUGUUUUAGAAAUAUUGUCUUUAAACAAGUAUUCUAACCUUAGUGCAAUGAAUUUAUCACAUUCUCAUUCAUGUUGAUACAGUUCCAUGUCUGAACCAGGAAGUUAACUUUAUUGUCCGUACGGUAUUGCUGGUUGUUUGCAUCAUAAAACAAGUCAUUUAUAAAAGUUCUGAAGUCUUGUGGGAUUGUCCCUUAUAACUUCCUAAUGACCUUCCACAAAAGUUUUUCUCUCUUGGCUUUGGUUUCUUCCACUGAGUUGCCAGACAACGCCAAUGAUUUACUGGCUAAUUUAAACAUGUGAAAUGUGAUCUGAAUGCAGAGUCUGUUUGAUUGCAUUAAUCUCAGGUUGUACUGCAGGCUGCCGGGAACAGGAUGACACUGCAGUUUAUCACUGGUCAAGAAAAAAAAAACUCUUAAAACUGCUUAGAAUGUCUUUUCUUAAUGUGGACAAUCUGCUGUCCUUUGGCUCGGUUACAGGAUUUUAUUUUUCUGCGUCAUACAAAAAGUAGAAGCUCAGAGACUCGACUUCCAUUUUUAAAUAUUAUUGCUAUUUCAACUUCUGAAAGUAAUUACCAGGUAUUCGACAAUGGAGUCCACUGCACACAGAUUUGGACCCAGUGAAGAGAGAUUUGACCAUUUUGGUGCUGUAUUUUUAAUGAAUGGACCGCAAAUUGAACUGGCCGAUUGGGGUCUUGAAUGGUUGAUUUUUGGGAGCUGUGAUUUGGAUUUUUCAAGGUAAAAAAAUAAAGACAUUAUUGUCCCUUUUGUCAAAUGUUUUAAUUUGAAUUACACUUCUGCUCUUAUCACUUU